AUGGCUAUCGAGGUAGCCAUGAACACGCCCUUGGCGGAUGCCUUGAACGUGGUUAUCCAGCCAAAGCUGGUGGAGGUGGGCUGGGCGACAGGUGGCGCCGAUGACUCGGCGCUCUCGGAGUACAUUAUCCUCAUGCUUGUCAACGGCAAGACCCAAGAUCAGAUCGCUGCAGAGCUCGCUGGGGACCUCCUCAGUCUCGGACCUGACGAUCCGGGCGCACGCGACUUUGCGAAGUGGUUGUUCGACCAGAUUGCCCUUCUCAACACCCAGCUCAACGGCGCUUCAGCUCAAUUGGAGAAUGCCGCCGGCCCUUCUCAGAAUGCUGCCUCUUCCGCAGACCAGGACAUGGAAAUGAGCAUAUCUACCGAUGGCCCGGAACUGGUUGCUCCUACAGGCCCCAAGUCCAUGCGAAAUUCUAGUCAGAGGGGUGGCCGAGAGAGGAGAUUUCUCGGUCAGAUGGCAAAGGCCAUGGACCGCACCCACGACUCGGUCCUGCAUCGUGUCCGAGCGAACGGUAACGAGCGCAUCAAUUCCCACCGGCCGCCUCCUACCGGACCGAGGGGUGCGUUUGGCCGUCCGAAUCGCAUGGUGAACAACCGCGCCGCUGGUUUCACCGCACACGUGAAUCAGGUGCCCGGCCGUAUGCCUCCCGUCCCCGGAGCACCAGGGAUGAAUGGUGUAAACGACAUGAAUUGGAUGAUGCCUGGGGGCCAGGAGCAGAUUUACAGUCUCCUCCAACAGCAGAAUCAGAUGAUGAUGCAGCUGCAGCAGCAGCUUGCUCAGCAAAGCCAGGCCGGUCGACCCCACCAAGGACGGUCGCUUUUCGAUCGCGUCCAGGAGCCGCGAGGCGGCAGACGGGGCGGCCAUGGCCAUGGUCCCGUGAACGGUCAUAGGCCACACCAGGCAGCUCAGGCCAAUACCAACGAGACUGGGGCCGCAGGCGAGGACGUCGACAUGAUCCAGAGACACGAACCACCUAAUCCCGACACCACUGUCUGCAAAUACAACUUGGCCUGUACCAACCGAGAGUGCAAAUUCGCCCACCAAUCUCCGGCGGCGCCACCGAACACUACGAUCGACGUUAACGAUACGUGUAUGUACGGCGCGGCAUGCAAGAAUCGGAAGUGUGUGGGUCGUCACCCUUCCCCGGCAAACAAGCGCGCACACCAGAAUGAGCAAGAGUGCAAGUUCUUCCCCAAUUGCACCAACCCGAGCUGCCCCUUCAAGCAUCCAGACAUGCCUCCCUGCCGGAAUGGCGGCGACUGCGCAGUAGAAGGAUGCAAAUUCGCUCACGUUACGACCAUGUGCAAAUUCAAACCCUGCACCAACCGAUUCUGUCCCUAUAAGCAUGAGGAAGGCCAGCGCGGCACGUUCCACGAUAAGGUGUGGACGGCUGAUGGCGCGAGGGAACACGUUAGUGAGAGGAAGUUCGUAAACCAGAGCGGACCCGAGGAGUUUGUCAUGCCUGGAACGGAAGGUCUCGGGACGGAGGGUAGCGUAUCCCAGGAGCCGGCCGCGGCGGGCGAGAAUGUGAUGUGA